AUUUACCUACCGGGACUCGGCGACCCGGCCCGGCAGGGAGAAUGGCAGGGCAACGGGCGGUGGACUGUAAGGCAGAGGCAGGCACUGUUGGUUAGAGUGUCCAAUGGGCAUGGCAUGGCAUGGCAUACUCUAGAGCUUGGAUGAUGUAUUUCUUUUUCUUUUUUCUACUUUUUACUUUAUUUUUUUUCUCUUUCGUUUCGUUCAACCAGUAGGAAAGUUUAUGGAUUUUGAUCUGGAUUUUGAUCUGGCAGGCUGGGCUGGGCUGAGUGUUGGUUUGGUUUGUUGUUUGGUUUGGUUUGUGUAUGAUGGAUUGGAAGGAUGGGAUGGGGUGACUGGAGUCAAGCAUGGAAGGAAAGUGGGUCUUUUUUAUUUUUUUAUCUUCGUCAUUCUCUUCACAAGUACCUCUCUUUAUGUUCUUGUUUUUCAUGUACUUUUAACUGUGAUGUUGUUUGCGCGCGACGGAAUAAUUUGGAGGGCCAGUUUGGUUCCUGAUUUUGACCGGGGGCCGGGAGGAAUUAACUAAUGCUUAUUCUACAUAAUUCUCCUUCUCCGUCUCGUCCUAUGGCCUAUGGAUGGAUGUAUGGUAUGAUGUAC